CAUGCUUGCCGGUACCUUGACUGCGGUCCUGUGCACAGCCGCACCCUGGCUCGCCCUCGCCGGGUCGGCCCACCCGCAGCUGUACCUGAGCCCGCCGCCGCCUCGGCUCGCACACUCCGCCCACGGCCACGACGCAGACCAAGCCCGCGGUCGCCUCGAGCUCGACGCGCCCCAGACCAACGCCGUCCUCGCGAGCCACCUCGGCGUGUCGCACCACCUGCCCCUCCCCGCGUCAAAGGGCAAGGACGGCCGCCUGUGGGAGGCCGCCCUCGACGACUCGCCCUGGGCUCACGACCCGAGCCACGCCCGCAUCGUCGUCGUCCUCGAGUGCCCCAAAUCCGGCUGCACCGACGCCCUCCCCGCCGAGUUUGCCGCCCAGCGCGCCCUCGACCUCGCGCCCCUCCCCGCCCACUCGUACCUCGCCGCCCUCUCGCUCCACCUCCACCGCCUCGCCGACUCGCUCGGCCUCGACCCGGACUCGCACGCCGUCCAGGGCCUCCAGGACCUCGUCGACAACGGCGUCAAGUCGGUCGCCGGCUGGCAGGGCUGGAUCGGCGACGAGCUCGCCCGCUGGGUCGGCUUCCACGGCGACACGUCCAACGGCCGCGACAAGGUCCGCCCUGCCGUCGAGCCGCCCGCGAGGGGCUCGCGCCUCGUCGACGACCUUGACCUCCUCGACGCCUCGUCGGCCCAGCUCGUCCUCGAGCUCAACAAGCUCGCCGUCCUCGCCGACGGCGUCCCAACCUCGGCCUCGCACGCCCACGCCGGGUCCGACUCGGGCCCGCAGGGCGCCAACGACCUCCCCAAGGUCGUCGUCAUUCACCUCAAGGGCCUCAAGGACAUCGCCGCCAAGCACUCGCUCUCGUCGCCGACCUACCAGCGCGCCGUCGCCCUCACGCGCGACACCCUCACGGGCACCCUCGCGUCGCUCCGGGCCCGCCUCACGUCGCCGCACAACGGCGCCACUACGGCGUCGUCCGACGAGCCGACCGUCAUGCUCCUCGCGCUCCCGCCGCACGCCCAGCCGCUCCUCCGCAAGCGCGACAUGUGGCUCAAGCCGUUCGAGGGCCGCUCGAUCGCCGCCGCGACCAAGCGCUACGCCGGCUCGCGCGCCGAGGCCGUCGGCGGGCAGCAGCUCAAGAAGCGCAGCGUGUUCUCGCCGCGCGCCGAGGGCGACGACGGCGAGGGCGAGGGCGACAAGGCGCCGAGCCAGGUCGUCGCUGCGGGCAAGACGUGCUUCUCGUCGCUCGCGCACCUCAACAACGCGACGGCGUCGUGCCUCGGGCGCGGCCACGGCGUGCGCGGCAUCUCGACCCGCGCCAACGCCGACGGGAACGAGUGCUGGGUGUGCAAGUGCGGCGUGACCGAGGACGACGAGGGCCGCAGGACGAGCUGGGCCGGCGAGGGGUGCGAGAAGAAGGACCUGAGCGGGUCUGCGCUCCUCCUCGCCUUGACGACGCUCGGCCUCGCGCUCGCCAUCGCCGGCAGCGUCGCGCUCCUGUACAACAUUGGGAGCGUGCCGCUCCCCGGGACGCUCAGCGCCGUGAGCGGCAUGGGUCCGGGUGGCGCCAAGCGCGACUGAGCGGUGCUGUCGAGCGCGGUCGGCCUGCUGGCGCACGAGGGCGCGUCGUCGUCGGCGGGUCGAGGAGCUCGUUCCCACUCUCUGUCUCUCUCUCGCUCCCUCCCUUUCUCGAGACGGUAGCGCGAGUGUGUGUCGCUGUGCAAAGAUUUGAGCCUCCCCGUC